AUGAUUGUUACCGGCAAUGAUGAUGAAGAAAUUGCAAAGCUUCGAGCUGAAUUUUUUAUUCGGUUUGAGAUGAAAGAUUUGGGGGAGCUUAGUCACUUUCUUGGUUUGGAAGUUAGCUCUCUUAAGGGUGGAAUUUUUGUGUCACAACAAGGUUAUGCAAAGAAGCUUGUGAGAAGAUUUGGGCUGAACCAAAGCAAGUGGUGCUCUACUCCUCUUGAUGUGAACAUUAUGCUAAGGCAUGAAAAGGGCAAGCUUCUUCCUGAUCCUCGUCCUUAUCGGGCUCUUGUAGGAAGUUUGAUUUACUUAACUAUUACAAGACCUGACAUUGCAUUCUCGGUUGGCCUUGUUAGUCUUUCCAUGCAAGCACCACGAAAACCACAUUUAGAGGCGGCAAAACUUAUCUUAAAGUAUGUAUAUUCUACAAUUGAUAUGGGCCUUUUCUUUAAGAAAGGAGCUGUCAUUGAGCUACAUGGAUUUUCUGAUGCUAAUUUGGGUGGUGACUUGGAUGACCGGAAGUCUACAUCUAGUUAUGCUUUCUCAUGUGGUUCAUCUUAUAUUUCUUGGUGUAGCAAAAAGCAAGAUUCAGUAUCUCUUUCAACAACUAAGGCAGAGUACAAAGCGGCUUCUCUUGCUGCACAAGAAUGUGUUUGGCUACGUCGGCUUAUCGAAGAUAUUUAUUCACCAAUUCACAAACCAACAAUUAUCUACGGUGACAAUCAAAGUGCUUUAAAGCUCGCAACAAAUCCGGUUGUCACGCAAGGACAAAGCACAUUGAGAUUGAGUAUCAUUUUGUUUGUGAAAAGGUGCUAA